AUGACGGAGAACGCGCUCCCGGGGGUUCUUAACGCCGUGCAGGCGCUCUAUGGCAUGGUGCGAGCCGCACGGCAGCGAGAAGCCAAUGAAUUUCUCAAUGCCUUUGCUGCUUCCGAUGCAUCAUGGCCCGUAGGCUUCCAGCUAUUACAGGAAGAAACUCUGGUGUUGCCUCCCGAAGCACUCUUCUUUGCAGCCAACAUGCUCCACACCAAGGUGCGCAAGGAAUGGGUGCGGCUGCCGACAGAACAGAAGAUAGCGAUGACAGCGUCAAUACAGACGACCAUUCAGGUGCUGCGGUCUGGCACGCGGCCAGAAUUCCAUCAGGGUCCGAUAACCAGCAAACUCUGUGCUAUCUACGCGGUGGUAAUGAUUUCCUCCCCCAAGGACUGCAAAGCUCUAUUAUCUCAGUUAUUGGCUAAUUGCUCGAGAUCAGGAGACGCAGGAGAGAUUGCGUUUCUGCUGAUGUUUUCUCGCUGUGUCUGUGAGGAAAUGGAAGACGCUGAGUUAGCAUUUGCCGCCAAAGAUGCGAUGGAGAUGCACCUCAAUGCUCUAAGUGGAGACUUAGUUACGUUGAUCGGGAAAAUUGUGCUCGCACGUGGAGAUCAGAAUGCACGUGUGGCUUCACUACAUGGUGAGGCUUUAGCGUGCUUAAAUGUGUGGGUUAGACGCGCAGGUCUCUCUUUGGCGUCGCUCUACUCCAAGGAUGAAGCCGUGUUGCUUGCACUGCUGGACGCUCUGCAGAGCAAGUCGGAGCACUUGCAGAUAUGUGCUGAGAUCUUAACGAAGUUGAUUACAGUCGCGUCAUACCCGCCUCCGGCUCAGUUGGAACGGACGUUGUUGGUCGUGGCGCGAGGGUUACUCGAGACGCGAGCAGCAUGCGAAAGUGCUCUUGCUUCUGGAGAAGACGACGUGAGCCACGCGAUAACAGAUGUCAUCUCGACAUUUUGUGAAACAUACGCAGAUUGGAUUCUGGAAGGUGAAUAUCCACAGGAUUCCGCUGCUCUGGGUGAAUUGAUGUUGUAUCUGGGCUCACAUCCACGCCGACAAAUUGCGUCUCUCACUCUUGAGUUUUGGAUGGUCGUUCAGGAUGAGCCUGUCGCGUCACGGUAUCAGUUCUUCCAGCAUGACGCCUUUGUACGGCUUUUUGAUGUCAUGCUCAAACAGUGCUCGUUCCCCCGAGGGGACGCUGAGGAUAUGGAUGAACUAGAGCUCGACGAUCUCAUGGCUUUCCGAAGCGGCUUCCAGGGUGUCCCGGAGGCUUUCAUGUCGAUUUUUACUUUACUUAAGGAGCAAUAUCUUACUUAUCUACUUCCGAUCCUUACGUCGGCCGGGUCGAGUGAGUGGCAGAGCGUCGAAGUUGCUCUGUUUGCAGUCUCUACAGUGGCUGAUGAGAUCAAGAAGAAGCUGCCCAAUACAUCCGCGAGUACCCCGCAGCAAGUAGAGUUGGAGGGCAUGGUGUCACAAAUUAUGCAGGCUGUAUUGGUCUCGUCAGCAAGCAUGUAUCCCCUCGUAAUCACGACAGCUUCGCGGCUCCUGGGUCAGUUUGCUGGCUGGAUCAACGACAAGGCUUUAGCUGCACGCGCAUUCGACACGGUGGGGGCUGUGCUCCAGUAUCUGACAGGUGCUCUUGGACUUGAAGCGAGCCGUAGUAAUGCUGCAAAGAGUUUUAUGCAAGUCGCAACGAGUUGUACGGGGUGCCUUUCCGAGAUGCAGCCAAGUUUCCUCCUGGCUAGUGUGCUGCGUUUUGGCGCCUCUUCUGGUCAAGAAUCCAUGCCUAUUGACGAUCGCUUGCUGGUGGUUGAAGGUCUCGUUCGAGCCGCAGCUGUCUCUCCGCACUGCUCGGUGAUCCUACAGACUGUUCUCAACGACUCACUGGCGCGUCUGGAUCAAGUGCUGAUAGCUACGGGGGUGGAUGAUACGGCUGUGGCUAGUCCGGUGUGCAGUGAGCUUCAAGUACUUAGCAAGGUGAUGCGGUUUCUGGACGCACCCGCAGACAUUGCGGGGGGGCAGGGUGUUACGGGGUGGACGGUGCAGCAGAUUUGGCCUCACUUGGAUCCCAUUACACCACGAUUAGAAGCCUACGAAGCUGUGAUGGUAGCUCUGUUCGAGUUGUAUGGAUGGUGUUUGCAGAGUCUGAGGCAGGAGAUGGCACCUGAGCUCGGAGGCAUCGCUACAUUAAUUCUUAGGGUCUUCGAGCAACGGCGUUUCGUGGCUCCACUCGAAUGCGCCUCUGUGGCUGUUGAUGUCUUCGGAAAAGAUGCAAGUGCUGAGAUCGUCGAGAGUUUCCGGGGUCUAAUGGGCGCGUUGAGCCAGUCGGCGUUCCACUUUUUCACGACGCAUUCGCUAGCCGAGUCGCCGGACGUGCUCCGAUCCUUUUUUGAGCUAGCCUACCGCUUCUUGCUCUUCUGUCCAGCAGCAUUACUCUCAGCUCCUGAGUUUCCAGUGCUUAUCGGUCUCGGCUUGGCCUGCCUGGGCAACCAGGAUCGUCCAUCCACUAAUGCAGUUCUCAUGUUUCUCACAUUCCUGCUGAAUGAAAGCACGAUCAAACUGGCCUCGUUCACAGCAACAAUCAACGCCAGUGUGCUGGAUGCUGGGCAGACUGAGAAGUGGCUCGACAGUCUUAUCGAAGCGCUGGCCUCUAAGAGUCCUAGUGCUCUCUAUGACUCGCUGUCCAAGUUAUUGUACACGCUGUUGGCAAGUUUUGCCGACAAUGAGCGAGUUCGAACGGCGCUAAUGCAGUCACUGACCCGCGACGCGCUUGGCGUGACUGAGCUACGUCCCGAGGACCGGCAGCAAGUGCUGCACUUGUGGCUGUCACUUGCUUCUCAGCCCUCACGCUAUUCCGAGCGACGCUUUCGAGGCUUGUGCUGCGACUUUGCAAAAGUUUGUCGCAAGGAAAUGACAGCAGACGCGCUGCACUCGAUCGAGAUGCCCAACUAG